AGUUCAGUUUUUCAAUACAAUUUGUAACUUCAACUACAUUUUGUGUAAAUCAUUUUUAAAAAUCGGUAAUGUAAAUUGCAUGAGAAAAUCUGCAUAGCUUUGGCAAAUAUAUUGGUAUUAUAUAUGUAUGAAUGUACAUAUGUAUAUGUACACAGAAUAUAUAUAGAACAAAGGACUGAAAUUAAAAGACCGCCAGCUUCAAAUAACAUUUUCACUUCUAAAAGUCCUGGAAUGCAUCGCCCUUAAACGGUUUAUUAAGGAUAUGAGCAUGCGGGUACAAAUACAUACAAGCGGACAAUACAAGCAGCUUAAGUUUAUCAUUUUGUUGGAGGCGAAUUGGCGUAUUUUUAUAAAAUAAACAUGUCUACUCAACUGCAACAAAUAGCAACGUUAUGUCCAGAACUACGUUCUGACAAAACACCAACGAGAAACAAAGCAAUGGAACGCUUGGAGACAAUUUUAGUUAAUUCAAAGGAUGAGUUAAUCCAAAGGCUGCGUGGUAAACACACCGAAGACAUUACUUGGAAUGAAAUAUUCUGCAGUGCCAUUGAUGCAGUGCUCAAGCAUGCGGCUAAAGUUGUGGAGUUAAAGGACCAAAAGAGCAUUCAAGCUAUGCUCAACAAAAAUCAUAUCUAUCGUUCAGUUAUUCAUAAGCUAAUCGAUUACAAUUUGGAAAAUUCAAAUAACUUCUUGACGAAAUCUUCAAUUUACCAUGCAUUUUGUAGUGGUUUUACCACUACAAGUGCCGUAAAAAUUUUUGGCAGUUUAUUUAUACAGAUUGUAGAACGUGGAAUUUACAAAUGUCCUACAUAUGUUCAAGAAAUGAAAGUUGAUGAAUAUGGGAAUAUUCUAUCUAAUUUGUUUGAAAUAACCAUUCCGGGAGAUGAGAUUCUUCAUUUUGAAGUGCUGAGCUGCAUCGUUAAAACUAUCGAAUUAGCGGUCCAGCAUGUCCAUAUACAGGACGAAAUCGUGGAUUACUUUCCGGAAAUUUUGCCUUUUGCACGAAGAGCUAGUGAUGAUCGAAAAAAAUCAGACGUUAUAAAACUAUAUUAUUUUUUUAUAUCACAGUUAACUAUAGACUAUCAUUAUACAAUUUGCGAGUCCAUACAGGAUACAUUACCAGUUUUGUGUGAUAUGUAUAAUCUUCAAUUGAAACCAGAAAUUAAAGAGAUUUUUUUUUCAUCAAUAUACUUAUCAAUACAUGCCAUAUAUCCAAAUAUUAAUAAUGGCUGUUUCAAAACAAUGAAAAUUAAAAUUAAAGAUAGUUGGAAGAAGACUCUGAACAAAUUGAAAUCUGUAGUGGAAUUGGAAAUAAGAGAAAGAAAAACGACAAUUCAACGAUCAAUUCAAAGUGGCCGUGAAAAGUACCUGGAGAGCUUUAUUGAUAUGGCUAGCGUUAUUGUAUAUGUGAUAUUUUGGCAUAUUAAUGCUAACACCGACGUUGCGGAAAUGAAUGAACCUUUGAAAAAGGUCUCAAAAGUUUCAGACAAGUUGGAUAUUAUUUUACGUCUUAUCCAAAGUGACAAUACUAUUAAUGAAACUUGGUUCGCAAUCUUGGCUGCUCUCCUUAAUACUCAACGGAAUAUUAUAAAUCUUUCCAAUUAUCAAGAGCUGCUUCAAUUCGUUUCAAAUGUGUUAAAUAUUUCGGCAAAUGUGGUGAUCUGGAAGAGUAUACGACGAAGUCUGAUAGCGAUAUUAAAGUUUGAAGACAGUAGAUCGUCAUGUAGUGACAAAGUUUACAUGAGUUAUAGUGAGAAAACAUGGAUAAAAAUCGUAGAUUUUUUAAUAUCUGAGUCAUCUGAAAGUAAUGAUAUUAUAACAGAGAAACAAAUAUUACUACAAGAAUUAAUAAAGCACGACAAACUCUCGUUCGAGUCAAGCAAGAGGCUGAUUCAAGCUAUUAUUAGUAAUAGUAUUCUAAGGCGAACUGAGACAUUUGAGACUAUUCGUACAAUUUUGAUAUAUUCAGAUAUUUGUGGGAUAGAUAAAAAUUCCAACAUUAUUGAACAAAUUUUAAAAUGGGCUUUUGAAGUAAAUGAGAAAAUAAAUACUAGAAGUAUUCUACAAAAUAUUGAUCCCGUCGAUAUUACACUUAUAAACGAUACGUGUGCUAUUGCAGUCAUAAAUUUCUUAAAUGAACAACAAAUAUUUACAUUAACUUCAGGCGAAGAUGAAAUACAAAUGAAUUUCAGUAAUUUAAACGUACUCCAAUAUAAAUACAACAUAAAAUUUGUAUGCUUGGAAGAGCAUGGUAAAGCUAUUAAAUUAAGACAAAAUGCGGCUGAUCCAGAUGACAUUUCUUCAGAAGAACUUAGCAAUUGCUUAUUUCAAAAUACCUAUGAACUCCUGAUGCGCACUCUGAAUAUAGAAAUUUCCAAGCAAACAAAAUGCGCUAGUAUUGUUUCGGACAUGACAUCACUAAAUAAAUUAGCAGAUCUCAUGAAAGCGUUCCUGAAUUAUGGAGUAUUUACUAAUAAAAAUUUAAUACAGUGUCCGCUAAUAAAACGAAUCGGAUUCUUUCUUAGCCAUAUGGAGUUUCAAUUAAAAAGCAACGACCCGAGAAGUAUAGAACGAACUGAAUUAUUAGAAGUUUUACAAUAUUUGGAAUCAUUUAUAACAACAUUUACCUCUAGUGGGGUAUUAACUCAGUUUUUGGAAACUCAACCAUUGGAGGAGUUGAUAAACUUCUUAGGAACAAGUUUGUCGCACAGCGCUUCCCAACAUCUACAAACCAAGGCUAGUGACUGGGCUGAGAUCCGCCUAAUAUCGUUACGCAUUCUGGCUGAAUUAUGUGCAAGUACCACUUAUCAAAAAGAUGCCUUUCACCACAUAUCACGAUAUGUUUUCAAUAUUCACCAUGAUUUGGACAUUCUUCUUCCACUAAUAAAAAUAUUCUGCAAGAGGAAAAGAGGCAGCGAAGAAGAAAACUUGCACAUAGGCGAGUGGUUCGUAGAUAAAUUGAAAUUAAUUUUUAGAUUAUAUUAUAUGGAUCUUAAAAUCAUCGAGAGAUUGGUUGCCAUGCUUCCAGAGAUUUUUGAAUAUGUUUACUCAAACAGUGAACUAUUGGAUACCAUGUUCGUGGCAUUAACCUCGUUGUUGAAAAUCGCAUAUAAAAAGAAUUAUCCCACAAAAAUAACGGGCAAUUUAAUAGAGAGAGUACGCCUAAUUUCACGAAAAUGUGAAGGGAUUUGGAUGAACGAGGGUUUCAUUAGCAUUUGUGUAUCUGUGAUGAAGUUUUUGUCAUUUCCAUCUCUUCAAAUUCAAUUAUCAGUGAUAAGCACAGUAACCUCAUUAAUGGAUUCUAAUUGGCUGGCAAGUUCAACCACAACAUUCAGUAUUAAUGAACACUAUAAGAUAUGUGAGCUGCUGUUUUCUGCAAUCAAUUGGAAAAAUUUAUCAGAUGCCACACCAGAUUUAUCCCAAAAUCGUAAUUCAGUAGUGAUGCAGCUAUUAGUGGCUUUAUUCGCAUUUAGUUCAUAUUACCAAGAAAAUGCAUUAAUUGAUUUGGUGAAUUUCUAUGCCGCGCGAAAAUUAACAGAAGACGACUUCUGCGAGUUUGCACAGGUUGCUAAUUUUUUCGGUUGUUCGCAGUUGCAGUUGGUAAAACCUUAUAUGAACGGAUUAAUCACAUCGUGGAUCUCUAAAGAAUGGCCUAUUUCAAAAUUUCCGUACUUUCUUUGUUAUUCAACCAAAGAAGAUUUCAUGACCGAGAAUAUUUCCAUAAUUGCGGCGGGUACCCUACUAUAUAUUCCCAAUGGAGAUAUAAAAAAACUUAAUAGAUACGCUAAUGACGAGGAACUUAUAAAGAUAGCACAUCCAAUUUUAGAGGCUUACAUGUUGCCGUAUAAGGCGUCAUGCCCGGAGUCCCAAACUCAAAAUUAUAAAAAAUAUAUGAAUGUGUUAAAUGAGAAUAUAAAUCGACUGGGAUGGAAGUUACCAACUUCAAGAACCAUUGAUUGGAAAACAAUACAUUUUUGUUGUAGUAUUUUAAAAGUUGAUAGUCUUUCUACGCCAUCUUUUGAGUUUCCGACGCUACAUGCUACAUCAUCCUGGAAUCGCUUAAACUAUGAAUCUCUGAAACAAUCUCUAAAAUUAUACCUGAUGGAUCCUAACCAUGUUGGGGAAUGCGAAACGCAAACUCUGUUUUCUCCCAUUUGUAGUCAUCCACUUCAGUUUUUAAAGGUUCUCAGUGCUCUUAAAGCGGACGUAUAUGCUUGCAUAUUUUCAAAUGAGAGAAGUUCGUGCUUUUAUAAAUAUUGCACAGCAAUUGAUUUAAUUACUGAUUCGAUUCCAACACACAUUGCUUCGACUAGAGACAACAGUAUUGCUGAAUACAUUGUUCGUGAUGCGGUUUUAUUUUUAUCUCAAUGUCUUCAAAACGUUCAAUAUACCGAGUUGCACCUCACAGGACUUAUGUUUUUGCAAUGUCUUUUCCAAAAGCCUUUUAUAUCCAUUGGUGGAGGCAAAGGAGUAAUUAGUAAUCACUUGAAUGAGAUAACAAAAUGCUUGGUUGCGAUUGUUGAAAAGAAUUGUUUUGAAAAGUCAAAAUUGUCUUUAAAGUUAUUACAUAGUUUGAUCGCCGAUUUUGGCGAGAAUACUAUGAUUUUCACUCAACUACCUGCUACAGAAAACUUUAUGGAACUACGUGAAAUCCAAAGCAAGAGAUCAGCUUCUCCCAGCAAUACUAAAGAUUUGCUAGACAUUUUGGAGUCGUCAAUUUUAGUCCAAAAAUGCAGUAACGACACUUUAGGAACACUAAGACAACUUAUAAUAAAAUUUAAAGUGUGUGCAGAAGAUCAGCAUUUUUGUGAUUUAGUCCGACGAUUAUUGGAAGUGGUCUGCAAUGCUCACAAUAAAUAUUUACGCCUGGACGCAGCGAGAUGUCUUGGAGAAAUUGGUUCCCUUGAAAUAGCAAAUUCUUCCUUUUAUUUUGAAAUGAAUUCAUCCUUUUAUGACAACAUAACCAGUUCAAUGGCCGGUAUCGAAAUCUUCUCGAUAAGCGUGGCAAAGGUGCUGGACAAAAUAUUGACGCAAUUCAAUGCAAUUACUUACGAAGCAUUAUUUAAAGUAACAACUCAGUUAAUGAAUUCAAAAUGUACAAAAUCGAUUAUAGAACUGUACCCGUAUUUGGCAAUUUUCCAACAAAGUAAUAACAAGAAAAAUCAAGACUGGGAUCCAAGUGCUAACAUCGAACCUAUUGAUUGGCUCUGCAUUUUAAAUUCAACUGAGACGCUAGAAUGGGAUAAAUGGAUUUCCUUAUUUGUUAGUAAAGUGCUUGAAAGUUGCGGUUGGACAGCACUCGGCAAUUUAGCAUCUCGAGACAUGUAUGUGGCAAAUGAAAUACUUUUGCCCUUUAUUACGCUGUUAAUGUCCAAUAAAGAGCGACAUAUACUCAACAUUAUGUCAAUGCUCGCUCAUUAUUUCAAGACAUUGUAUAUGUUUCUUGGAAACUCCGAAAACGAUCAAAUGAGGGCUCAGGAGAUUUAUAAAGACAAACGAAUAAUAAAAACGUUUCUGAAAAUAUGUGAAUGCAUUCGCAUACAUAAUCAGUGUUCUGUGCCAAUGAAUUUGCUUUAUGUUGCUAAAGCCAGUAACCAUUGCCAAGCGUUCUUCAUGACGAUUAUGUACACUGAAUUAUGGGCAAUGUCAGAGAAGACAUCGAAUGAUAAGCAGACCAUGAAGGAGGAGUAUUUAAAGAAUCCAGCCUUUCAAGAAGUAGCAACAAAGGCAUAUAAAUCCAUCGGUUGUCAUGAUGCCAUAUCUGGCUUUCUCUCACCUCUACAAUCCCGUCUUGAAUUUCUGAAUAUAACUAACGAUUGGUCCGAAAUGCUACUUCAAAAUUCAUUUAAGGAUACAGCGUCGAAUACACUUUGCACUUCAGCAUUAAAACGAAACGGUAUUUUGUGUCUCGCAGAUCUGGGCAACAAAGGCUCUACUAAUUCAGUUGACUAUGAAGUAUGUUGGAGAUUAUGUCAGUGGGAUACUCCUGUGGAGGGGCAUUUGAAAGUGAAUGUUAAAAAUGAUCCCGAACUGGAAUUCAAUAAGCAUCAUUUCAAUGCUUUAAAAUGUCUAUAUAAUCGUGAAGAACAGAAUUGUUUAGCUGCCAUCGCAAACGCACGACAAUGCGUAAUUCACAAUUUAAUGGGAAUAAGCACUGAAUGCCUUCAAAGUGUAUACAAAUAUCUAACAUGGCUGCAUUUACUUCAACAGGCUGAGGAUUUUUGUCAAGUUCAGUUCAUUUCCGAAGUAGACAUUAAAUCGAUAUUUUCAAAGUGGCAAUCGGAAAACAAAUUGAAGUAUGGAAGCUUUCAUUGCAAAGAACUAGUUUUGUCACACCAGAUAACUCUAUUUAAGACGGCUGGAGUCCGUGGUCAAAGAAGGAUAAUUGAUUUUUUUAAAUAUAGUCCAACCGAAACUGGUUUGAUAAAUAUCAUUAAAGAAUGCCAAAAAUCGGGUGAAAUCAAUUUGGCUAAACGUAAUAUAUUAGCUCUAAGGGAAACAGAAAUCACAAACGAACAUGUUAAGCUUAAUUUAUUAAUUGAAGAUGCAGAAAUCUCUUUUCGAUCCGGAAGUAUAGAAAUAACAGAAGCUUUGUUAAAACACGCAUUGACGCAUAAAGAACUAGGCGCAUGCCCACAACAAGCGCGUGCACUCCGAUUGUACGGUGAAUUUCUCUUAGAGACAAAUUCACAAAGUUUUGAAUACGUUCUGGAAAAAAUGUUUAAUAGAUCCAUGUUUUACCUGGAGAAGAUAUUGAAAUCACAAAACUACAAGGAUAAUGAGGAAUUGAGUUUCUUGUAUUUAGAAGACCUCAAACCGGCCGAAUUUAAAAAGGAAAAUAAAAAACAAGCGUAUCAAUUGAUAGCCAAGUAUGCCGAUCGCGAAUAUGUGCAAUCAAAUGUCUACAUGAAUUCUGAUGAAUUUAAACUGAAAUGUCAAAUCAUACAAGAGAACAGGCAAAAGGCAGAUUCGGUUGGUCGACAGCCCAAAGAUCGUGAUAUUAACCACGGUAUAAUUAUAAUGAAAAAGAAUGCAUACUUGGAUGAAACGGAAAUAAAAUUCAUUGAGGAGAAGCGCUCAAAUAACUUAUGCAUUGCCGUUAGGAAUUAUAUUAAAUUUUGCCAAAUAGAUUCUGGAUUUUCUAAUGCUGCUAUAUAUAGGAUAAUAGCGUUGUGGUUCGCCAACAAACUAGAUAAAGCAUUGCAUACAGAAAUAAAAGAUAAUGUGGAUAUAAUUCCUUCCUAUAAGUUCAUUUGCGCUUUGAAUCAGAUCACUGCUAGAUUAAAUACUCAACACGCCGAUUUCAUUAUCAUCAUUAAAGAAAUAUUGGUAAAGUGCUUACAAGAUCAUCCACAUCAUACGCUUUACCAGUUAUAUCCACUGAUUUUUGAUGACGCAGGUGGUAAAACAAACAAAAGUCGUUCAACCAUUGCAGCCGAAAUUAUAACAAAGGGGCGAAACUCGUCUAAUUCACAGUCCACAAAACAGUUGGCAAUGGUGUUUCCCGCUUUAAUUCAGUUCGCAAAUGCAGAUUGCGGAAAGGGUCCCAUAAUGCCUCUAUAUGAUAAAUUGAAAGUAAUGAAAAACCUAGACGCUGUCAUUUGUCCGACUAUUGAACUUCCAGUAUUGCCUAGUAAGGAUUACACAAUAAUAAGUAUCGUGCGGUGGGAUGAAAGCGUGUCAUUGGUGGGGGGCAUAAAUGCUCCAAAAAAACUCAAGUGUUUAUGUUCUGAUGGAAAAUCGCGACCACAACUCCUAAAAGGUCGAGAUGAUUUACGCCAAGACGCUGUAAUGCAGCAAUAUUUUUCACUGAUGAAUAUACUAUUGGGUUGCGAUGCAAAAACAAGUGAACAGAAAAUUAAUAUUCGCACUUAUAAAGUUGUACCGCUUUCAAUGAGAAGCGGCAUAUUGGAGUGGUGCGAGAAUACUGUACCAAUCGGUGUCUAUUUGGGUAGUGGAAGCGACAAGAGUGGCGCACAUCGAAAAUAUCGACCUGAUGAUAUCACGCCCCAUAAGUGUCGUCAAAUAUCCAUGUCACAUCUUAAAUCCGACAUACAAAAACGAAUGUCAGUUUACGAGGAAAUUUGCGCAAAAAUAAAACCUGUUUUCCAUUAUUUUCUGCUGGAAAAGUUUUUAGUUCCAGGUAUAUGGUUUGAACGACGUCUGGCCUAUAUCCACAGUUUGGCGGUGAAUUCAAUGGUUGGAUUUGUAGUGGGCUUAGGCGAUCGGCAUACACAAAAUAUAUUGGUUGAUGAGAAGACCGCCGAAGUAAUUCAUAUAGAUUUCGGAAUUGCUUUUGAGCAAGGUAAAAUAAUGCCUACCCCUGAAACCGUACCCUUUCGUCUAACCCGAGAUAUGGUUGCACCGAUGGGCAUUUGUGAAACAGGUGGGAUGUUUAAGAAAGCAUGUCAAUCAACGCUGGAAGUUUUGCGAAAAAAUCAAUCUGUAAUAAUUACAAUUCUUGAAGUGUUGCUAUAUGAUCCCUUAUAUAUUUGGAAUGUAGUGCAAACGCCUUCAGGAUCUAUAGCUGAUGAGAAAAAUCUAACUGCGCAACGUGCUCUUUUAUGUGUACAGCAUAAAUUGGAGGGAAGAUUAAGUAACAUCACAGGCACCGUCAAUACUGACGUUCAAGUUCAAAGAUUAAUAAAUGACGCUGUUUCUAAGCAAAAUCUAUGUCGUCUAUACCCUGGAUGGGAUCCGUAUUUAUAGAUACAAAUUAUAUGUCUUACUUUUUCAUUCAUUAAUUAUUGUUAUUUAUUUACAUAUUUUAUAAUAAAAAUGAAUUAUUUGUACUCAA